AAUACCGAUAUCCACAGGCCACACCAUUGGACCACAAGUGCACGGCCAAAACCCGCCGCCCGCAACAACACCAGACGAAAAAACAGUCGAAAAAUACUCGCAAAAAUACGCAGAAAAAUAGUAGGAGGAAAAAAUGGCUCCUUGCAGUAGCUAAGCUCUGGCUCCUGCGUCGAAGACGCCAAAGAAUCACCUAACCCAAUCCAAUCCAGCUGCAGCGCAGCUCCACACUGUUCCCGGGAAUCUCGAGAGCCUGAGCUCCACACUGUUCAUGGUCUCCCCGACGCCCUCUUGAUCCGAGGACUCGGGGGUGGUUUCUUGGACGGGCGGGAUAGGAUAGGAUUGGAUUUGGCCGGCCAUGUCGGUCUCCUCCUCGUCGAUGUGCGGCGGGGACGCCGCCGGGAUGAAGAGCGUGGUCUGGUUCCGGAGGGACCUCAGGGUGGAGGACAACCCGGCGCUGGCGGCGGCGGCUCGCACCGCCGGCGAGGUGGUGCCGGCGUACGUCUGGUCGCCGGAGGAGGACGGGCCCUACUUCCCGGGCCGCGUGUCGCGGUGGUGGCUCAGCCAGAGCCUCAAGCACCUGGAGGCCUCGCUCCAACGCCUCGGCGCCGGCAAGCUCGUCACGCGGAGGUCCCCCGACGCCGUCGUCGCGCUGCUCCAGCUCGUCCGCGACACCGGCGCCACGCACCUCUUCUUCAACCACCUCUACGAUCCGAUCUCGCUGGUCAGGGACCACAGGCUCAAGGAGAUGCUGGCUGCGGAGGGCAUCGUCGUGCAAUCUUUCAAUGCAGAUCUUCUGUAUGAUCCAUGGGAGGUCAACGAUGAUGAAGGCAAUCCGUUCAACAUGUUCAUGCCGUUCUGGAAUAGGUGCCUGAGUAUGCCGUAUGAUCCCCCAGCACCACUGCUGCCCCCUAAGAAGAUCAACUCAGGUGACUUAUCGAUGUGCCCAUCGGAUGAUCUGAUCUUCGAGGAUGACUCCGAGAGGGGAAGCAAUGCGCUUCUCGCACGAGCAUGGUCACCAGGCUGGCAGAACGCCGAUAAGGCGCUAACUGCCUUCCUGAAUGGCCCUUUGUUUGACUACUCGGUGAACCGCAAGAAAGCAGAUAGCGCAAACACCUCCCUCCUAUCACCUUACCUGCAUUUUGGUGAGCUGAGUGUGCGCAAGGUCUUCCACCUUGUUCGAAUGAAGCAACUCGUAUGGAGCAACGAGGGAAACCACGCAGCUGAGGAGAGCUGCACCCUGUUCCUCCGUUCCAUUGGUCUCCGGGAGUACUCACGGUAUCUUUGCUUCAACCAUCCGUGCAGCCAUGAGAAGCCCCUCCUUGCCCACCUCAGAUUCUUCCCCUGGAUCGUUAAUGAGUGCACCUUCAAGUUUUGGCGCCAGGGAAGGACUGGUUACCCUCUUGUUGAUGCUGGCAUGAGGGAGCUGUGGGCGACAGGGUGGUUACAUGAUCGUAUACGUGUGGUGGUGUCAAGCUUUUUCGUCAAGGUCCUUCAACUACCAUGGCGAUGGGGGAUGAAGUACUUUUGGGACACUUUACUGGAUGCUGAUCUUGAGAGUGACGCACUAGGUUGGCAGUACAUCUCUGGCUCUCUCCCUGAUAGCCGAGAGCUCGACCACAUUGACAACCCUCAGUUCGAAGGCUACAAGUUCGAUCCACAUGGAGAAUAUGUCCGACGGUGGCUUCCUGAACUUGCAAGGCUGCCAACAGAAUGGAUACACCACCCGUGGGAUGCACCUGCGUCUGUACUGCAAGCUGCAGGAGUUGAGUUAGGCUCCAACUAUCCUCUCCCCAUUGUUGAGCUAGAUGCAGCCAAAGUCAGGCUACAAGAAGCCCUAUCAGAAAUGUGGCAGCUGGAGGCAGCAUCGAGGGCCGCAAUGGACACUGGGAUGGAGGAGGGCCUUGGCGACUCCUCGGAUGUGCCACUAAUCGAAUUUCCCCAAGAUUUACAGAUGGAGGUUCACUGGGAACCAGCCAGGGUAACGGCCAAUGUGCCCACAACUGCACAGAGACGCCAGGAUCAGAUGGUGCCUACCAUGACAGCUUCACUGAACAGGGUUGAAACAGAAGUUUCUGCUGAUUUAGGGAAUAGCCAGGAUAGUAGGGCAGAGGUACCAUCCCGCAUGCAUUUUGAGCAACGAACUGAGGGGCAGGAAAUGAUCCGUAGCACGGGAAAUGCUGUUAGAACCAAUGGCAUUCAUCAUCACAAUAACUUUCAGCAACCGCAGCACCGUAUGAGAAACGUUUUCACGACAUCUGUGUCAGAAGCGUCAAGUAGCUGGACCGGGCGAGAAGGUGGUGUGGUCCCAGUUUGGUCGCCUCCUGCAGCAUCAGGCCAUUCUGAAACUUAUGCAGCUGAUGAAGAUGAUGUUUCUAGUAGGAGUUAUUUGGAUAGGCAUCCUCAGUCGCACCUGAUGAUGAACUGGAGUCAGCUAUCACAGUCAUUGACAACAGGCAGGGAUGUGGAAAAUUCAGUGCAGCCAAAUUUCAUUGGUUAGGGUUUUCCCAGCGUGGGAAUUCAUAUGUAAAUUGCCCAACCCUACUGCGCUCGUGUAUAGUCUGAGGAGCGUGCAAGGCAGGCAUCUUUGGAUCUUCCUGAACUUGGACGUGAUAAUAGUUGUGUAAAUCUAAUCCUCUAGAACCUAUGGCUGUGUGUUAUAGCUUUGUUAGAAUUUGCCAAAAAGGAUCUGUAUUAUGGAUCACACAAUGAGGGUUUUGUAGGGGGCUGAUACAUGACUAUAACUGUAAAUCCCCUGUGUGAUUGGCGAUCUUUGGUUACUCUACUC